AUGGUUCUAAUCAAACACUCUGAAGAGUUCCAUCUUGAGUAUGAUCUCUUGGUCAAGCAAAACCAAAUUUUAAAGAACCGAUUGCAGUCAUUGAGCACAAGAGUCGAACAGGUAGAAUGUGAACUUGAGAUCAAGAAGAAAAAGGUUAAUGAUGUAGAAGCCAAGAAUGUUUCUCUAAGAAAGCAACUUGAUGAGUUCCUCCAAGAGCACCAUUGUAUGCUUGAGACCAAGAAAAAAGAGGUUACUGCUGCAGAAGCCCAGAAUAAAGAUAUAAAGAAGCAAUUUGAUGAGCUCUUCCUUGAGCACCUUAGCUUACUUGAGAAGAACGAUACUUUAAACAACCAGUUGCAGUCAUCAGGGACCAAAAUCGUACGGCUAGAAUAUGAAGUUUUGGCCAAGACAAGAGACUUGAAAGCUGCUGAAGCCAAUGAUAUUACUUUAAGGAAGGAUAAGAAAACUUUGGAGGAGCAGUUGCAGGCAUGGGGCACAAAACUGAGACACAUAGAAAUCAUAGAAUCUGAACUUAACACAAGGAAAAGAAGUAUCAGUGCAUAUGAAGCCAAAAUUUCUGAUCUAAAAAACCAAGUUGAAGAGCUCUCUCUUCAACACGAUUGUUUGCUUGGGAACAACCUGACUUUAAGGAACCAGGUGCAGUUGUCGCACACAAGACUUAGACAAACAGAAUCAGAACUUGGGACCAAGACACAAGAAGUUUGUGUUGUAAAAACCAAUAUUGUUGCUCUAAAUAAGGAAAAUGAUGAUUUGGAGAACCAGUUGCGGUCAUUGGAGACAAGACUUAAAAGAGAUAGAAUCUGA